GACUCGAGUUACAACCAACUCUUGUAAGCGAUCUGACCAGCGGGGCCGAGCGAGGAGAACACUGAAUAAUUCACACGUCUGUGCCUGGGUCACGGUUGCGGAGCAGAGGAGGACAUUUUCUUCUUCUUAAAAGCGACCCCGCGAGCAGGAACAUGCUGUGAAGCGACGGGUCCCUGCGCUGCCAGGAUGAAGGCUUGAGAGGUUUCCUCCGCAUUAACGUGACAUCUCUCUCCACACACACACCAACGCGCCCGGACACCGAGACCUGACAAUGGACUCCUUCAGCACCAAGAGCUUGGCCCUGCAGGCGCAGAAGAAGCUGAUGAGCAAGAUGGCCACCAAGAGCAUGGCCAGCCUCUUCAUCGACGACACCAGCAGCGAAGUGCUGGACGAGCUGUACCGCGUCACCAAGGAGUACACCCGAAACCGCAAAGAGUCCCAGAAGAUCAUCAAGAACCUGAUUAAGAUGGUGGUGAAGCUGGGGGUUCUCUUUAGGAACAACCAAUUCAACGGCGAGGAGCUGAUCCUAGUGGACAACUUCAGGAAGAAAGUCCACACUCUGGCCAUGACGGCGGUCAGCUUCCACCAGAUAGAGUUCACCUUUGACCGCCGCAUCAUGAGCGCCAUUUUGAACGAGUGCCGCGAGCUGCUGCACCAGGCCAUCAAACGCCACCUGACAGCCAAGAGCCACUCGAGAGUCAACCACGUCUUCAAUCACUUUGCCGACUGCGACUUCCUGGCCGCCCUCUACGGGCCCUCGGAGGUGUAUCGCGGCCACCUGCAGAGGAUCUGCAACGGCGUCAACAAGAUGCUCGACGACGGGAACCUCUGACCCCCCCCCCCCCCCCCCCCCCCCCGUUUGCCUCGUCUUCAGGCACCUUUACCUCUAGUCGCCCUUCAUGUAUCAUCUUUUAGUUGUUGUUUUUUUUUCCCAAGGUGACAAUCGUGAACAUUUUUCUACUUCCAUUUGUUGAGUUUGUGUUUGCGUGUCUUUCACAUAUUACUGUAACACUGAAAUUCUCUCUGCUAGUUAGACCAAAGACUUUUUUUUUUUUUUUUAAUCUCGUCCGACUUUCUGUUAUUUUACAGUAAACAAAACCCAUCAUUUUUUCUCUUUGUUUUAAAUGAAUGUAAAACUUAAUGCUCUUCAGUAUAUUCAGGGGUAGGAGCCUUGACAACUGUGCCUUGAACAUGUUUUCCCUUCAUUCCAAGGGCGCUGCGUUGGUGCUCUGACAUAAUCAAAAAGACACAAAUUCAGUUAUAUCUCUGUUUGGUGCCUUUUUUAAUAGACGACAAUGUUUCCGGGUGUAACAGAGGAGGAAAGAAAGUGAGUUUCCAUCUUUUUUUAAAUACCCAAGGAAAUAACGUAAUUCUUUUUUUUGUUUUGUUUUUGUGUUUUUCAAAAAGUAGUAUUGCACUCAAUCCUGAAGAAGCGCUGUACUGUACUGUACUUUUCCUGCAACAGUGAGACCAUGUGAAGCAUGGUGGUCAAGUAAUCCUGCCUAGGCUGCAUUUUGAAGCUCUCACCCUCAUGCACUGUACUCCACUCCAGGCUUGGCUUGUGUUUUAGAAGGCACCUAUAAACCCAGUUUGCCCUUUAACGGUCUGGUUUAUAGCCGCCACAACAAAGAUGAAGGAUUUGGGUCAUAAGGGGACCGUAAACUUGAAGGAAUUUAAUUGUUCUGUGUAUUGCUGAUUGUCCCAGCGCUGACUCGAGCGUCUCAUUGACUGUGCGCUCAUCAUUACUUCUUGAGCGCCAGAUGCAAAGAUUACUCUGGCAUUAGAUCAAAAUCUGUAAAACAAUGGACGUUGUUGCACUGGGGUCAGCGGCGUUGUGUUGCCUCGGCUUUAUCCUAACAACUCUGGUUUAAAAUCGGAUAGAUGUGAACUAGAAAGACUCUCCAUGCAGCUUUGUGUCUAUGGACAGGGCCGGGCCUAGUUAUUAGAGCAGAGACAAACACAGUACAUGAUUGUACUCUCUCUCUGCAAUUAUCGCUCCCGGCUCUGGGGUUGUAUAAUGGCCUGCAGCCUGCCUACGUCGACUAGUCCCUCCAUUUCCUCACAUGGCAGCGUUCAUGUUUUGAGAUGGACGUUUUCACGAUGCAAAUCCUAUUUAAUGGACUAAAAGCUGUUGUGUUUCUUCCUUAUGAAGGAACAUUUCACACAACCUUACAUAAUAGCCAUCUUUCCCUCUCAUUUCUUUUUUUGUGUGUGUUUGUAUCACUGAGCCUGACUUGGAGCCUGUUUUGCGCUGCGGCCUCAUUUUGUAUUCUGUGUGUGUGUGUGUGUUUGUGUGCAUACCUGUGAGAGAAUUGGAAAUUGAGCUGUGUAAUAAGCGCUGUGCUUCUCCAGAUAGGUUUGCUGAAACUUGUACUUCAUCCACAGCAGCUCUGCCAAAGAUAAGGUGACUGAUGCGACUCCAAAUGCCGCCUUCAUUUUUAUUUCCCCGUCAGAGGAACACUUCAGACAACAGUAUGCACUUGAUACCCUGCUAAUGGUGAUUAAUGAAGACAAAGGUGAUUUCGGUUCGUUUUUUUAAAAUUCUUACACGACUUCCCUGAGUUUCUUCUUGUUUGUUGAAUCCGACUGAGGCUUCGACGUAAAUCCUUUUCUUUAAGUCCCUGAGAACCGUUGACUUUAAUUGUCUUUUGGAUGCCAUUUUCUCCAAUCCCUCCACAUCUCAGGGUUAAGUUUAAAUCUCCCUAGUUUCAAAAUCCACCACGAUUGAAAGAUUAGGAACCUCUGCCGAAGCCUCAACUCUUCUUUUUUUUAACUAAAGCCCUCAAAUGAAGCAUGUGCUUCAUUUUGCGUUUUGACUUUUGAGGAUUGUGAACUGUUUGUAUUUUCGCUAAUGUACAUAUCAUUGUUUUUGUCUCUCUGCAUUGUAUCCAGACACGACAAAUAUAAUACAAUCUACUUUUUUAAAACAAUA